AUGGUUUCUCUGCUCAACAUCGAAGGUGAAGCCGAUGGUAUUGCUUGUGCAAGCGCUAUCGUCAAGGUUGUUGAAAACUCUUUCGGCUCUCCACCGUCCCAGGAGCUGGAGUAUGUCUUCAAGGAUGGAAUUUCCAUGACUGGCCGAGUCAUCAAAGAUAUGACAGGAAAUAAAGCAAUACAGCCUCUUUUUUUGCCGCAGCUGGCACACGUGCCCUGGGCCAAAAUAGGGGCUUGA